CCUUGAAUUUGUGCACUUCUCUGCCCCUGCCCUGCGGUUUUUUAUCGAACGGCUCCUUUCUGUAGUUUGUCUCGGGGCGUGCGUGCUGGGCUUGUGUGUCUGGUGCGCGCAUGCCCCCGUAAGCGCUGCCUGCCGGGGAGGGCAGAUGCGAGCGGAGGGGAGGCACUCCCCCGUGUCCUCCAGGGGUGCCGCUCUGGGCAAAGGUGGGGGUGGUGUUGGAAGUUGGGGAAGGAGGCAAGUGCUUGCUUAGCUGGAAGUUGGUGCUAGGCCAGGGCUUAGAGAGACUGUGGAAAAUCACCUGUCUCCCUGCCUCCUGGGUCAGUUUACCAUUUGAGAUCCUGGGGCUGGAAUGGUUUGCACCAUGGACUCCCAAAUGCAGGCCUGGCUCUCUGGGCUGACUGUUAGACCGGCCGCCACUCAUUGGGAGAUGUGUCUCCUUACUUUUGAAGGAGGGUCAUUUUUAUUAACCUAAGAUUUUUUUUUUUCAAAUCUUAUCUGACAGCAUACCCCCCACCACCACCAUUUUUACCAUUUUUAUUUGAGUUUAGAUUUACCUAAACCCUUAAGCAAACAGGAAACUGUGAACAGGAGAGAGUGAGAGGGGAUAGGAUAAGCCUGCCUUCCCCAAUAAUGGGAAAAUGAAUCGAACUAGAGAGGGGACUUCAGUGAACAGUGCCCAGAGAACAGAAUGCCUUGCCUUUGUCUUUUGCUCCAUAAUAUUUUAUGAUUCCAAAUUUGAUACAAAGAUAAAGAAUAAAUGUCAAGGGCUUCUGUGUUCUUUAAAUUGACAAGUAUAUGUGUGGCAUACACAUGUAAAUAGAUCACAAAGCCACCGCAGUUUUUACAGUGAGCCGUGUUUCUGUGGGGGGGGAGAACCCCCAUCAUAAUAUUGUCACUGUAAAAAGGGAGCUGGGUUCACAGGGAGAAUGUACUUUAGGCUCCGAUAAGGGUAAAAGGAUUAUAUGCAGAAUGAUUUUAAAGGGCCAGAAUUAGUCAUUGGCUUUAGAGAGAAAUUGAUUACUUUAUAUUAAAUACUAUUAAGAAGGCACGUUUGUCCCCAGAGAUGGGGGUGGGAGAUGAAAAAGAAAAAGUGAUUACAUCAUCCUACUCUUCAAGCAAUAUUAGGAUGGGUUUAUUAGUGAAAUAAUUUGCAAAGAUAACUAUACUACACUCUGCCUUCUGAUACACGGCCUCUUUCUUUUGGGAAGAAGCAUUUCACUUUGCCCAGUGAGACACCAACAUUAAAAUUAAUGUUGACCAUUACAUUUAUUAUUUCUGCCAAUAGACACCUACAUUCCUAUUCAGAGUGUUCAUUAUUAUUCUGUAAUGUCUCAUUUUAACUUCACAGUGUAUGAUAAAAGAAGGAAUUUUAUCUAGACCUUUUUUUUUUAAUGUCCUUUCUAAUGUGCCUCUGUAACAGGGUUUAAGUUCUGAGUUUUCAGCACAUAUGCAGGACUGGAAUUAAAUGCCCAGAGUUGUUGAGCCUUUCUGCUUUUAAUAUAUAUGGGAGAUAUUUAAGGACUGUAAAAUAUAGCUUAGGUAUACCAUUUUGAUGCCUUUGUAAGAUUUUUAAAGCAGGGAAUAACUGGGCUAUCUAUAAACCCAGAUGCACUGGGGGGUGGGGGAGCUCGGAGCUGCAGCAUAUCAGCUUUUGUCAACCUGCCAACAGCGGAGCGUACCAUGCUGCAAGGAGUAAUAAAUAAGGAAUUAGAAAACUCACUGCUGGAGGAGGACAGGAGAAAUUAAACACCUUUUCCAAAGGAUGAGCAUGUAUAUAUGUUGCAGUUCUAUGAAAUGUGGGUUCUUAGUGAGGUUGAGAUUGUGUUAAGGCUGGUAUAGAAGGGAACUGAUGAAGCAGGAGUGGUCUGGUGACAUUUUUCUGACUUGAUUGGCUGGGGUGUGUGAUGUAAUAGGUUUCAGUGCAGCCCUUAUAGGUUUUAAAAUGAAUUCCAAGACACCAUUACAAAGAAAGCCGGACUCUUUUCUUAUAACUGAGCUCAGCCAAGGAAACUCUCGCACAAAUGUACAACACUGUUUGGAAUAUGGAAGACCUGGAUUUAGAAUAUGCCAAGACAGAUAUAAAUUGUGGCACAGACUUGAUGUUUUAUAUAGAAAUGGAUCCACCAGCAUUGCCUCCUAAACCACCAAAACCCACUACUGUAGCCAACAACGGUAUGAAUAACAAUAUGUCCUUACAAGAUGCAGAAUGGUACUGGGGAGAUAUCUCGAGGGAAGAAGUGAAUGAAAAACUUCGAGAUACAGCAGACGGGACCUUUUUGGUACGAGAUGCAUCUACGAAAAUGCAUGGUGAUUAUACUCUUACACUAAGGAAAGGAGGAAAUAACAAAUUAAUCAAAAUAUUUCACCGAGAUGGAAAAUAUGGCUUCUCUGACCCUUUAACCUUCAAUUCUGUGGUUGAACUAAUAAACCACUACAGGAAUGAAUCUCUGGCUCAGUAUAAUCCCAAAUUGGAUGUGAAAUUACUUUAUCCAGUAUCCAAAUACCAACAGGAUCAAGUCGUCAAAGAAGAUAAUAUUGAAGCUGUAGGGAAAAAAUUACAUGAAUAUAACACUCAGUUUCAAGAAAAAAGUCGGGAAUAUGAUAGAUUAUAUGAAGAAUAUACCCGUACUUCCCAGGAAAUCCAAAUGAAAAGAACAGCUAUUGAAGCAUUUAACGAAACCAUAAAAAUAUUUGAAGAACAGUGCCAAACCCAGGAGCGGUACAGCAAAGAAUAUAUAGAAAAGUUUAAACGUGAAGGCAAUGAGAAAGAAAUCCAAAGGAUCAUGCAUAAUUAUGAUAAGUUAAAGUCUCGAAUCAGCGAAAUUAUUGACAGCAGAAGACGGCUAGAGGAAGAUUUGAAGAAGCAGGCAGCUGAGUACCGAGAGAUUGACAAACGUAUGAACAGCAUCAAACCUGACCUCAUUCAGCUGAGAAAGACGAGAGACCAAUACCUGAUGUGGUUGACUCAAAAAGGUGUUCGACAGAAGAAGUUGAACGAGUGGCUGGGCAACGAAAACACUGAGGACCAAUAUUCACUGGUGGAAGAUGAUGAGGAUUUGCCCCACCAUGACGAGAAGACAUGGAACGUUGGGAGCAGCAACCGAAACAAAGCCGAAAACCUGUUGCGAGGGAAACGGGACGGCACUUUUCUUGUCCGGGAGAGCAGUAAACAGGGUUGCUACGCCUGCUCUGUCGUGGUGGAUGGUGAAGUGAAGCAUUGUGUCAUAAACAAGACAGCAACUGGCUACGGGUUUGCUGAGCCCUAUAACCUGUACAGCUCUCUGAAGGAACUGGUGCUACAUUACCAACACACCUCCCUCGUGCAGCACAACGACUCCCUCAACGUCACACUAGCCUACCCGGUAUAUGCACAGCAGAGGCGAUGAAGCGCUUACUCUCGGAUCCUUCUCCUGAAGUUCAACCACCUGAGGCCUCUGGAAAGCAAAGGGCUCCUCUCCAGCCUGACCUGUGAAUUGAGCUGCAGAAAUGAAGCCGUCUGUCUUCAGAUGGGACUAGAGCUUUCUUUGACAAAAAAAGAAGUAGGGGAAGACAUACAGCCUCGGGCUGUAUGAUGACCAUACGUGUCUAAUCCGGAGUGCUUAUCCUUUUUUCUUUCCUUUUCCUUUUUUUUUUUCCCUUGGUUUAAAGCCACAACACCGCAAAGAGAAAGAGAAAAAUGCAAAAAUCUCUGCGUGCAGGGACAAAGAGGCCUUUAACCAUGGUGCUUGUUAACGCUUUCUGAAGCUUUACCAGCUGAAAGUUGGGACUUUGGAGACCAGAAGAUAGAUAGGGCUGCAGAGCCCUCCUGGCCUGAGGAUGCUCGGUCCAGCCUGGUUGAGCCUGGGUGUUGCUGUCCACGGUGGACCCAGACACAUCGCACUGUGGAUUAUUUCAUUUCCUAACAAAGGAACGAUAUGUAGCAGAAAGGCACUUCCGCUCACGAGGGACACUUUGGGAGAACGUCAGUUCGUGUGUGUUCAGAAGAAAUCACGUCAUAGCAGAGUGCCAGAAAGUGUUUUGUUUAAACUUGUCAAAAACAAAAACCAACAACAACCACCAAUAGAAAAAAGUGGAGCUUGGAAAACAGGACUUUAAAGGACAUUCAGUAUAUAAAAUAUGUACAUAAUAUUGAAUGACUAAUUAUCAAAUAGACGGAUUUGUAUCAAUACCAAAUAGCUUCUGUUUUGUUUUGCUGAAGGCUAAAUUCACAGUGCUAUGCAAUUCUUAAUUUUCAUUAAGUUGAUAUCUGAGUUUUAAAUGGACCUUUCAGAUAAGCUUCCCCACCCGAGUUUUUUGUUGCUUGAAAAUAUUGUCGUCCCUGAUUUUUGUUAAUAUUCAUUUUGUUAUUAUCUCUCCUCUUUUUUUUUUUUUUAAAGAAGAAAUGUACAGGAUGCCAGUUAAAAAAAUAUGGCUUCAGAAUUAAAACUAUGAAAUAUUUUACAGUUUUUCUUGUACAGAGUACUUGGCUGUUAGCCCAAGGUUAAAAAGUUCAUAACAGAUUUUUUGGACUAAAUGUUUUGUUGGGCAGUGCCUGAUAAGCUUCAAAGCUGCUUUAUUCAAUAAAAAAAGAAAAAGAUAUAUGAAUAUGACGAAGUAUCGCUGAGUCCAACAAUGUUGUUUCAAAGACUCUUAAAAUACGGUACCUGGCAAUGUUUCGUUUCAUAAAGAAUUGUGAACUUCUUGAAUCUAGGGAAAGGGGGUAUAGCCAAGGGCUGUAACAGGUGGGGUGGCGGGCGGGUGACAAGGUGGCAUGCACUUUCUCAUGAUGACAGAGAAGAAGUGAAUAAACUGCAAAGGGAAGUUGCUUAUACUGCAGUCUUUUCUCACUUUGAUUUGCUAGUCGUUAUCAAUUCAUGACAAUUACAAACCUACUGUAACUAACAGUGCAGCUGGUAGGUAUCUCAGCUCUUAGGAAGGAAGUGCCAAGAGUUUGUUUUGGGGUUCCUGGAACAGAGCUCACCUUUGUUUAAAGGUAUGAUCUCUGUCUUUAGAAAAAAGUAACUUUCUCUGACAUGAGACUGUCCAUUAUAACCAACAUUCAUUUUAGAGGAAGCAUGAUCUGAAAAAGUAUUUUUAGGUGGAAGUUUCUUCCGUAGCUUUCCAUUCAGUGUAGAACAUAAAGCAAAUGGACACACGACUGUCACUGUACUAGACGGUGUGGAGACCGUUCAAGUCAUGGCCACUGCAGGAAUCCCCGUGGAGAUCCUUCUCAUUCACCCAAGUAAUUGUGUGUGUUAUACUUCACUAUGGGGAAAGGAAGGGGUGAUAAGUGUAAUCCUUCCAAUUUAGGGCAAGAGUGAGAGGUCUCUCCUUGAUUGAUACAAGCAAAAGCUGUUAUGUUCAGUAGGCAUUGUACGUAAGUUGGGAGGAAUGAAUACUAAUUAUAAUCAUGGUCACUACCCUAGUAGAUUAAAAUGGAAUAAUCUUGCAAUUUCAGUUUCUCUUUCUCAGUAUGUGUAUUAGAUUCACCCACAGCUCUUUUUCUCUUCAAGUACUUGGGUGAAGGAUUUUUCUUUUUCCCUUUUAAAAAUCUUUAAAGGAUCGGUCUUGCAGCUGAGUUAAUCAUAUAUAGAAUGUAUCAUUUUCCCUCUACAUAAAGCUACUCAUACUCAAGCAAAAGUCAGACAGCCAGACUGUCAGCCCUCAAACUUGACUGUACUGAUCUGACCAUCUCCCUCUCAUCACAGGCAAUUGAUAAUUUCCCUGGUUUUCCUCUGAGUGUCUUUGCUUUAAACCUUGUGAUGGUGAUAUCCUUCCAGAUUACAUAGAAGUCUAACAGUUAAUCAGUUGCUAGUAGUUUAUAAACUGGGUUUGUGGAUUAUUCUUUUUGGUAGUACAUCAUGUAUGCUAUUAAAUACAAAUAGUUUUAAUUUCUAAAAUACAAGAUCUGAGAUUGAAUGUUCUUCAAAGCUACAGUUUUGUGAAUGUUUUUGCUUCAACACUCUUUGCAAGAUGACAUGGUAUGUAGGCAGUUGCCUUACUUUUGCAUCUCACAAGCAUAAGUGCAAUAGAGUUUUCAUUGAACAGCAAGGCAGGACUGUGAGUUACACCAGACCGAUUCUGCUGAAUGCCUUUUUGAUGGCGGUGUAGCGUGCCCCCCGAAUUUGUCCUCUUACAUGUUCAGCCAGCAGGGCACUUCGGGUUCAAUCAGGCAGUCGUCCCCUAACAACAUCAUCUUAGUGGCUCAUGAGUAUGAACGGAUACAGUGGAGGCACUUCUGAGAUGUGAUUUUUAUCCUUGCAUCAAUUUUUCCCCACCCAACGUAGCAUCCUAAAGAUUAAACCAGAGAAGCUAAGCUGCAAAGAGGCUGUGAUAGGGCGUAGAAGUGGGAGCAUUGGAACCUCAUAUUACAAGAGAGAUCAUAACCGCCUAAAAAAGCAAAAAGCACACGUUUGCAACAUCUGACAAUUCCACAGCCUUUGGUAUAUGUAUAUAUGUAUAUGUGCAUGGACUGUGUUUUCAGUACACCUUUCAGCCAAAACAGAUCCACAGUCGUUGAGUUCAAGUAUGUAAGAGGCAAAUGUCUAGUACAAUUCUUAUGUAUAUGUAUGGGUUGGGUUUUUUUUCCUUUUUGAGGCUCUUUUGUUUUGUCUUAUAAAGGUGAAAAUUGUUUGCCAGUGAAGUGAGAAGUUCGUAUUUCUUUGGCUUUUUUGUGUUUGUAGAAGUUACUCCUUUGGGAGAGGUGGUCUGAGUGACGUGAUUAACUUGGAAACCCUUGUUUUCAGUGUGUCCAGUCAAAAUGUGUUCGUGUGAAAUGUCCCUGUGGGGACCCAAUUGCUUUGUCAUAUAGCUGGUUACGAGCUAGUCACGUGUUUGGGCAGUCCUACUGAUGUUCCUUACUGGGAGAAAAAUUCUGCUGGUUUUAACAACUGUGCUUUUGCUAUGCAUGGUAUCCAAGUCAGUUGGAAAACAGACCCUGAUAUCUGUUUAAGUUUAGGGUCAUUUAAAGAAAGGGGCAGUUUAAGACACAGUGCCUCACAUGGGAUAAAGUUCCAAAAUGCCAAAUUCUUGUUUUUUAAAAAAUCUAGUUAUAUAAAAUACUAUAUUACAGGUGGGGAGGAAAUAGAAAACUUGAGUUAAUUGGACAACCUCUCCAACUUAACAUUCAAUGUGUCACCAUGAGAUAGCAUUAGCUGCCCAGGAUGCUGCUAUUUAGAUGAAAAAUGAAAAAGCAAAACAAACAAACAAACAAAAAAACUCAUUUAUACCUGUGUAUUUUUUGAAGCUACAAUCUAUUCAAUGUUUUUACAAAUCUGUUUAUAUGACAUUGUUAAAAUAAAGUUGGUCUUUUGACGAGAGGGAAGAUGUCAUGGUCAGUUGUAAUUUUGCCUUUACAAGGCAACCGGGGAGGGGGGGUAGGGGGAGCGUGCCUCCGACAUUUUGUUCAAGUUAUAGAUUCAAUGGAGCUAUGUCUUGUUGUUUUAAGUUGCUUUAAUGCAUUGUAUUAGGUCUUCAAACAGAAUAAAGGUUGUUUUGAAACU